AGAAAUUCCCCGCCAUGAACACACCAACAUCAUUCCAUUUGCUUUCCUCUUAACAAAUUUAUUCAUCGUUUAAGUGCUGUUCUUCCCAAAUCUGAAACACCCUUUUCAGUUUGUUCCAAUCAAUCAUCUUCUUCACUCUGUUUUUCAAUGUUGGGUCUCAGAGAUGUUCUGUUUUUAGCUCCGACGUCUACUUCCGAUCAUCAUCCUUCUCUGCCUCUUCACUCCCCCGCCGCUCUCGGUGUCAGCGUUGGCAUUUUUCCACUUUUAGCGGCAACCCCAUCUCUCCCGCCUCCUCCUCAGCCGCCUAAUCAGACGGCUGAGGAAGUUAGUGAUCGUACUCGGAGUUUGGAGAAUCUGAAGAAAACCCAUGAUUUUGGGUUUGGGAAAGGGGAUUCGUUUAUUGCCGGCGACAAAGGCGACGCCGGCGAGAGCUCCAUGGCGGUUUGUAGGGACUGUGGAAACAGAGCUAAAAAAGAGUGUGAGUAUCGGAGGUGCAGGACUUGUUGUAAAGGACGAGGGAAUCAUUGCUCUACUCAUGUGAAGAGUACUUGGGUUCCGGCGUCUCGCCGCCGUGAACGUCAGAUGUUGGUGGUGAUGGACGGCGUCGCCACUGCUAGUGGCGACGGUGGUUCUUCUGGUUCUUCGUCUGCUGGUGCUAAAAGACCCAGAGUUUUGAUUCCUUCGCAGAGUACUCCUCCUGCCGCCGCCUCUCACGCUUCUGCCUCCAUUGCUACCACCUCCCGGAGCUUUGAAACAACCUCCAACCAUCAAGAUGCAAGCUUCAAGAAGUCCUUACCGGGGCAAGUUCGUGCCCCGGCGGUGUUCCGGUACCAUAGAGUGACAGCCAUUAGCAGUGGUGAAGGAGAGUUAGCAUACCAAGCAACAGUCAACAUUGGUGGCCAUGUCUUCAAAGGCUUUCUGUAUGAUCAAGGAGUUGUUGAUCACAAAAAUGGAUACCCAUCUCUUUCACAUCUCCAUUUGGAAAGUGGUAGCCAUCACAGGGAAUAGACACAUUCCUCCUCUUCUUUCUUCCUAAACUCUUCGUCCUAACGAUUACCCGAAACCUCGGUCUCACCUCGGCUCUCGGCUCCCGGCUCUCGGCUCGGAACCUUGAAAGAUAUCAUAUCUCUACUAGGAUGAAGCAAGCAAGCUUGCUUGCCCCCAUCUCUUGUUUGAUUGUCUAUCUAAGAAACGCUCGUAACCGUCGAGUAUCUACUUGUGAAUGCUAUCAUUUAGCUACGACUUCAAAUAUUGUCACCGAUAUGGAUCUUCUCUAAUUAUGAUUGAGACCGUGUUCAUUGUGAAUAUGUAGUAGGAAGCUAUAUGAAUGAAGUCGAAGCCAACACGAGAAGGCGAACAAAAUCCAUAGCUCACUAUCA